GUAUCUCAACGGACCACCCGACCCCCCAGCUGAUCUUGUUGUUUGGACCGGCGUGUCGGCACGUAUGCACCGUCGUAAUCUAGUAAUGGAUUACAGCGGCGCUUUUGCUUUGGUGUGGGAAAAAGGCGACUACGAAAACAGAGCACAUUCCUUCAAAGGUCCAAACAAGUCGAAUCUCUAUGCAGAAUUCUUGGCUGCUUACGAAGUAUUGAAGUCGACGCCGAAGACAAAGACCAUUCUAAUCAAAACAACAAGCGCAGAGUUGAUUAACGCGAUCCAGAACAAAGUUGACACGACCUUCACAAGAGAGGUCGUGACGUUGCGAAGUGAGUUACGAUGGGAAGUCAGGAACAGACCGGGUGUCUAUUUUAAAAAAGUUCCUUCACGCUGUGGCCUUCCCGAAAACGACCUGGCGUGUGCAAUGGCGGAGGAGGCGCGGAAAGACAUAGAGCAGCAGCAACAGCAACAAAAGCAACAGCAACAACAACAGCAAGCACUAAUCGCUCAGAACAAAGCCGCUGACUCUGGACAAAGUUUGGAAACAGUUCUGCGCCAACGGGCACUUGCAUCUAUGCAAGCCGACAACACUGUUUCUCCUUUGUCAUUCAUGUCUUACUCCUCUUCUUUGGCGAGUGCCAAAACUGUUCGACCCUUUGUAGCUCCUCAAAUUGCAUCCUCGUCGGUCAACCAGCAACAAGACAGAGUGGAUGAGGAUGGUAGGUUGGCAAAGGCUAGAAAAACCAGUUACUCGGACACGGCGACAGCGCAUCAACAGGUGGAAUCGCAUACGAGGGAUCCACGAUUACGAAAAAAAGCGCCAGCUUCACAACAAGCUCAUGCUAGUACAAGUGCAGUGGUACCACCACUAUCAGCACCAGGUGCUCAACCGUUGCAGCCACCACAAGCACCACAGGAACAACAGCAAAUCAGGGCGCAUCCGCAAACUCGUAUGGCCGGCCGCCAUCUCCAAAUGGUGCAGAACAUCAUUCGACCUACACCUGAAACAAGAAAUACGGUGAAAAACCGUGGCUUGUCUUCGGAGAGGUCGAAUGAUCAGCACGCAAAACCGACACCGCCAUCGUCUUCACCGGCAAACAACACCUUUACAGCACCAGCGCAAGAUGGAGAAAGUGACGAAGAAUUUUUUGAUGCACUGGAUUAUUGGGUUGGUCAGCAUUAUGAAGACUUGAAGAAAGACACAAAAGGCGGUAGUGAAAAUAAGGCUGAUGAUGAUGGCGAAGGAAAGGCAGACCCUUCAUCCACAUUGUCCUGGAUAUCCGACCUCUUAUAAAUUCAUAUAAUGCUGGUCAGCAUCACCACCACCACCACCACCACCAUACCUUAUGUGUCUUAUAUAUAAAAAGCAACAAUAAAAAAGAAUAUAUAUCGUGUACCAU